CCCACAGAGGCCAUGGGGACACUUCAGGGCCGUAGGGACAUGGGAGGUCUGUGAGGAUCCACAGGGAUCACGGGAAUCUCUGUGGGAUGCAGGGACAUUUGGGGCGGCAGUGGGGACCUGAGGAGGUCACAGGGACCCUCAGGAGAGGGAGCUGUGGGGACAUUUGGAUGGGGCCACGUGGAAUCUUUAGGUUCCUUUAGGAAUCUUUAGGUGGAAUUCUUUAGGGGACAUCUGGGAGCUGCAGGGACCUGGGCAGGCUGUGGGGACAAGUUAUGGGAACAUGCAGGGACCUGUGGGACCUGUGGGGACACAGAGGGACCUGUGGGAGCUGUGGGGAUACGUGGGAGCCAUGGGAACCGCUGGGGACUGUGAAGGAAUACAGAGACCUGUGGAAAACACGGGGACAUGGCCUGGCGGGCGCUUCCCGGUGGCGGCGGUGGAUGAGAUCCUGAGGGAAGUGCUGGGGAGCGCCCUGAGGGAGCAGCGCUACGAGCCGGGGCCGUGCCGGGAGGCGGCCAAGGACAUCGCCGAGGUUGUGAAGGCGCGGGUGAAAGCGCUGCAGGUGCCCAGGUACAAGAUCGUGGUGGUGGCUCACAUCGGGCAGCUGGGCCAGCAGAGCCUGCAGAUCAGCAGCAGGUGCCUCUGGGAUCCCCACACUGACACCUUCUCCUCCUACGUGUUCAAGAACACCUCUCUCUUUGCUGUGGCAAACGUCUAUGGUACUUCUGGAAUUUUUCACAAGUGGUGCUUUGCUUCUACUUUUUUAAAGUUCCAGGCAGCGUUUUUUAGGAAGUUUUCCCCAUAAAUCCCAGGGAUGGGCCUGGUUGAGGAGGAUGAGAACAGAAAUGGAAAAUGUUAC